AUUUAGUUUGUAACCGUUCCCUGUGGACGCAACGGUGCUUAUGAGCGGACUGUGAAUAGUGUUUUGAUAAAUAAAGUGCAACAGAUGAGUGACAAGGUGCCAAGACUUAGCCAAGUUUAUCGGCGCUGUGCGCCAACCGGCUUUGGCAUGGGUGGGCGUAGGAUAAUCAAAGCUGCGGCCCUCUUGAUAGCUUUGGGGUACAGCAGUUUGCUUGUUUAUCAAGGCGGAGUGAAUUUCAACUUCCAAGAAAGUCGGUCAGUGCAAGUAGGCGAUUUAUCUAUCGAACCUGUGACAAAAGCAACAACUCUGGACAGUGGUCAAAGUAAAAAUAUAACUUUGGAUGAUAUUUUUAUUAGUGUGAAAACAACAAAACAUUAUCAACAAACAAGACUGCCGAUAUUGCUGAAGACAUGGUUUCAACUGGCGAAAAAACAGACAUGGUUCUUUACGGACAUCGAUAACCAACAAUUACAAAAUCAAACAAACGGCCACAUGGUAAACACGAAGUGCUCGGCGUCGCAUCAGCGAAAACACCUCUGCUGCAAAAUGUCAGUGGAAUAUGACCAUUUUCUGGAAAGCGGUACAAAAUGGUUUUGUCAUUUCGACGAUGACAACUACGUGAAUGUUCCUCGUUUGGUCAGCAUAUUGCAAACUUACAACCAUCAAGAGGACUGGUAUCUCGGAAGGACGUCUGUAUAUGAACCUGUCAAAAUAUAUAAGAAACCUACUAGUAAGUUACUAUUUUCUUUCUGGUUUGCGACUGGGGGUGCUGGCUUUUGCAUCAGUAGAAGUUUAGCUUUAAAAAUGUUACCUGUUGCAAGUGGUGGACGCUUCAUAAGUGUCUGCGAAGGUAUUCGGUUGCCAGAUGAUGUCUCAAUGGGGUUUAUUAUAGAACAUCUUAUGAAGAAAAAUUUAACUAGGGUGCCUGAGUUUCAUUCCCACUUGGAGCAAAUGAAACUUUUGUUGCCGGAAACUUUCCGGGAUCAAAUAUCCUUCAGUUACUCGAAGUCGAAGAACGGUUGGAACGUCAUAAAUGUUCCUGGUUUUGACACGAGAUAUGAUCCAACGAGAUUCCUUUCACUGCAUUGCUUUCUCUUUCCUCAUUUUAAAUUCUGUCCUAGGUAGUACCAAACGUAGGAAAUAGUUUUAACUUUAUAAUAAGUAGAAUUUUAUCAAAAUCGUACAGUUUAUUUUAACAUUCCUAUACAUCGUUUACAUAUAUAAAAAAUGAUACAUUUCUAUAUAUUAGGUGCAAUAAUUAUUGUUUGUCAAAUUCAAUAUUAAAAAAUGUGAAAAAUGUUAUAAUUAUGUUGUGAAUAUUCAGAUUGUGAUAUUAAUUUAACAAUCUUUAAUGAUAUUUUAAAAAAUCUAAUUCGAUUAUAUUAUUGUAAAAAUGUAUAAAAUAACGUGUAAUGUAUAAGAAAUCUAGGUUUGCUUCAGUGACGUGCAUUUUAUGAAGUAUUCCUUAUUUCAAUAUUGAUUUCUUCUAAAUUGAAUUUAAUUUGUAGGCUCAGUAAAUUUUCUACGUACGUAAUCUUGAUUAUGAUAGGAAUUACAAGAUUGCCUCGUCUAUCAGCAAUGUAAGUAAAACCACAGUUAAAUAAUACAACACAACAAUGCAAAAAAAAAUAUUUAAAAAAAAUUAUAUAAAUAUCAGGAAUAUGCCAAAUUUACUUAUGUUACUUUACAUAUUUCCUAUUUUUGCUGAGCCCAAAGAAAUGCUAUUUAUUCAAUUUAAGGGUUUUUUGAAGCCAUGGAUCUGUGAACUUUGUCUGAUUUUGAAAUAUGUAGGUCACCGACCUUUUGUCCAAUCGUGGGAGACUCGCACACUGUUAUUAUUAAUGUAUGUGUAGUACGAUUGUUAGGUGAAAAGUUAUUUGCACGCCAUAACUUGUGUUGUAUAAUUUUAUGCCUUAUGAAAAUAACAACUGUGAUAUUAGAUUGUAUUUAAAUUGUAAGCUGUGUUUAUAUUUUAUGUAGUAAUGAAUAUGUAUUUAAAAUUCUUCCAGUCAGAAAUGUUAUGACGUUGUUGGAUAAAUAGGUUGUUUAUUAAAUAAACAAUUAUAAUUUA